AUUUUGUUUAGUAACUUAAGAUUUCAGAUCAAGAUUUGGUUGAACACAAGUGAUGAAUUUUCUCUCCCUAACUGUUGGCUAAACUCUGUCCGCACCUCUGUAUCAUGACUGUUGAAGUUUGAUGGAUUGCUUCUAUGAUGUAAAUCCAUGACAUCAGAAUUUCCUCAGAUUAUCAAUGAGGAUUGAAUAAUAAAUAUCUAUACAGUCAAAGGGGGUUGAAGCAGGUGUGGAUUAAGAAACAAAUGAAAAUAGGCACAAUAUCGUUAUCGGGUCAAUAAAUUCUUCUCAUGCACUAGCUUUCCAUGUUUUCAUAUUGCUUUCUUCGGAGUCAGAAAAGAAAUGAAAUAAUGCAUAGUGAGCUAUUGUAAUGUGAAAAGAAGGAACAUAGAGAUGCCAACUACAUAUUCCUAUAUUACUUGAAAAAAAAAAAAGAAAACUUGGAGGCGAGUGUGUCUCCACUUCCUAGACAUGUUAUUACAAUCCUACUUCAAGGAUAAUGCAAAAAAAGUUUCAUUUUCCAGAUCAUCUUUGCAAUCCUAACCUCUCACAUUUUUGAGCAAAGGUGUGGCCUUUACUCUAGUUUUCAGAAACCUGAACCUUACAUCCAAGCAAGAAGGAAGAAUAGGUUUUUGUCCUACAAACUACUGUUGUUCUGUCCAUGAAUCCGGAUGAACGUCAAUAUCUAAUUUAGGUAGCAAUUACAUUGUUAAUACAAGAACAAAACCAAUCAAAGGUAUAUACAUGCAUAAAUUACAGAGUCCAACAGAGAACCCAAGAGGAAGCGCAGUGAUCCUAAUUGUCUAGUACUCACAUCUCGUGUUUGAAGAGAAAACCCAUUGCACAUAAGAGACUAAAAAUUAAUGCAUUAAACUAGAUAAGGGAGUUCAAUUUUGCUUAUCAUUUGGCUGCUUAAUAUUUUCAAGAGACUGUGUGAUAUAAGUAUGUAAUAUCCAUAGUUUGUUUAUCUGUAAUACAAACUAUAAAUCUUUCUUUUCCUUGAAGUCCACUAAAGCUAUCCCGUCAAAGGUAAUUUGGGUCAUAAGUUAUUUUCUUGGUGUUCCGUAGGAACAUGAACCAUCUACUUCUCAAAUGUUUAACAUUCAAUCAAAGCCUUCACUUUAUGAAGUAUAUAGGCCAUCAAUUUCCAUGGCUGAUCUAUGAACACUAAUAAUAAGAACCGUCUAUGCACCCUUGUUAAAUACCUCCAUUCAACGUUGGCAAGCUAUGUACUAUAAAGCUUAAAAGUCAGAUACGAAAUAAUAAUCCUAGUUUCUGUGUGAUAAUUGUAAUUGGUAUUGCUAUUACCAAUAUAUUUCAACAAAGUCCAUAAUGUUUGCAUAAGCUAAAGGAUCUUAUCUCUUUCUCGUCUCGUGCUUUAUAUAAUGUGUUGUAUUAUAAAUAUUUUCGUGUCCUUGAAUACCAGGAAACACACAGGGAACCUAGACCUUGACAGGGUAACAGAACGAUUUCAAAGUUGAACACUGCACCCAAGGAACACAUUUUAUUGUGACUAUAAUUGAUAUACCAUCCAUAACAUUUUGAAAAUGAACAAAAAAUGCAUAACGCCGCUUCCAAUGGCAGAGAAAGGUUAACAGUUGAAGUUAGUUUUUGAAUUAGUUUGCUGAUGAGCGUAAGAAAGAACAAUCAGUGGAACUUGACCAAGCACGUAAUACCCCAGUGAACAGUAUAUACAAGGAUCAGAUCCCUAUAUAAAAGGGAUAUUGUUUUAUCUACGAUAUAGGAUUUGCAAUUCUGAAAUCCAUUUUUGAUUCUUUAGAACAAUCAGAUCCCUAAAUAAAAAUAUGUUGUACUUCACAGAUGCUUUAGGUGGAAUAGCAGAUGACACAUUAUUGUCACGUGAUAACAUAUGCUCAUUCUUCAUAGUAGCAUCCUCCCGUGUGAAGCCAUUUCACACUACUUUCCUCCCAUUGGUCUUGAAAGAUGUCCUGCAACAGAGAAUUGUUCUGACAGAAAAUAUUGCCAUUUUGCUUCAACAUGGCCAAAUCAUUUCUUGCCUCUUCCUUCUAGGGAGGCUUAUUUAUCGUAAAUGAGAAGGUACCUCCUCCAAUCUUUAUGACGGUAGGACCGGACAAAGUGACAGACUGAUUCCCCUCUUAAUAAGCACUCCCCUAGUUUUGAACUGAUGAGCUUCAUCUUCUAGAAGUAUUCUAAUGUACCCGAAAUUCUAUUUCUCACUCACUCGUUCUCUCACAUGUGGACUUGCAUCCCACACAUGUAAUUCGCCUCAAAUGUGAGCCACACUUUCUGAUGCUUGAUGCUAAAUAUCCUGAAAAAAUUGAAACUGUACAAGUCUCAACCAAAUUAAAGUCAAGCAAAGUGGUGGGGCAUUUAUCAACUCAGGCAAAAGCAAAGAAUCUAAUUCCCAGCCCUUUUCUCUUAAGUGGAAUAAAGCUAAUAUUCUAAGGACAACUUCUACUCAGUUAACUUCUGAUUUAUAUCAGUAAUUUCAACAUCUAUAUUGUAUUGACCCCAAGGGAGUGCAGAAAUGGAAAUGACAGGCAAGAGAAUGAGAUGCAGUCGUUGCGGUGCGCAACUAAUGGUUCCCCCCAACACAUAUACAUUUCAAUGUCCAACAUGUCUAACUGUAAUCCGGGUUCAACCUAACAAUCCUCUACGGCAAGUUCAUGACUCAAUACGCCAAACAGCUAGCAGGAUGAAGGAUUUGCUCUAUACAGUAUCCAGCAACACAAAUACAAGCGUAUUUUCAGGGAAUGGCUAUCCGUAUUCAUGGGCAUCAGGUAAUUCUCAUUAUUCACAAUCAGUUGCACCUUCCUUGCCAUUUUCAGCACACGGAAGGAAGCGAGCAGUGUUAUGUGGAGUAAGCUACUAUGGACAGAAAUACAGGCUAAAGGGAACUGUCAAUGAUGUAAAAUGUAUGAGAUAUUUUCUGAUUCAGCAUCUGGGUUUUCCAAGUGACUCCAUACUUGUCCUCACUGAAGAAGAGUCUGACCCUUGCCUGAUCCCAACAAAGCAUAAUAUCCGAAUGGCCUUGCAUUGGCUUGUUCAAGGAUGCCAAUCAGGGGACUCGUUGGUAUUUCACUACUCAGGCCAUGGCUCGCAACGACUUGACUUCAACAUGGAUGAGGUAGACGGGUACGAUGAGAUGUUGUGGCCUGUAGAUCACCAGACGGCGGGAAAAAUAUCAGAUGAUGAUAUUAAUGCCACCAUUGUGAGACCACUGCCCCAAGGAACCAAACUUCAUGCUAUCAUUGAUGCAUGCCACAGUGGCACAAUUCUUGAUCUGCCAUUUGUAUGCCGAAUGAAUAGGGAAGGGUACUAUCAUUGGAAAGAUCAUGGUAUCCAGUCACCUAUUUACAAAGGUACAAACGGCGGGCUAGCUGUCUCCAUAAGUGCAUGUGAUGAUCAUCAAGUUUCAGUAGAUACUACAGCUCUAUCUGGUGACACUGCAACUGGUGCAAUGACAUAUAGCUUUAUCCAAGCUGUACAAAACGAGCCUGGAUUAUCAUAUGGUCGAUUACUAAAUGUCAUGAGCAAGACAAUUCACGACGCCAAAAAAAGACAACUCCUAAAUGGUUCCAUUGCAUCCCUUGCCAAAAAGUUACUCUUCUCAAAGUCAUCACAGGAGCCUCAACUAUCAUCAUCUCAGAAAUUUGAUAUUUACUCAACACCGUUCACUCUGCUUCGGAGGCCUCAUCAUCGACAGUUGUAGUUACUUGCAUGAAGAUUCACCCUAAGACUAUUGUUUAUCGCUCUAGGCUAGGAUUAGCUCUUAGGACCUAGAGAGGGUACUUCAGCACAAACCUGCUUUCAUGGGGUUCGUAAUGAGGGGGCAAGAUGUUGCUAGGCCUAGUGGGCAGGGGACACAGAAGAUGGGACAAGUAGAUAAGCCCAUAGAUGAAUUUGAUGAGUUUGUGGAUGAGCAGGCGGACGAAACUUUGAGGGAGUCUAAUGUUCCAGCUUCAUUCGAAGAGGAAGAAGAUGAGUCCCAGGAGGAAGAGAUGAGAAAAGAGGCGGUUGAAGAGAGAGAGUCAGAGUUUAGGCUUCGACCCUGUGAAGGCAGGUGAAUGAACAACAAUUGAUAUUUAGGGAGAAUUUUCAUAUGACCAACCACAUCGAACUUCUCUGUACCACCAGUUCCCAGAUGGUUGACAACCCUCCCGAGGGCUUCAUUGCAACAAACAACUCUUCCUUGAUGCCAGCCUUUGCCUACCUCGUCACCCAUUUUACAGAGAUUUCCUAAGACAAUACAACCUGGUUCCGACUAGCAUUAUAUAUACCUGAUUCUCUAUAUAAUAAUGUGGUGGCGAUGUACAGGCAAUGAAUGCAAGAUAAUUAACUAGUCAAUCAAGAUACACCACCAUAAAUCCAGUAUAAGAAAGAAUCUCAUUAUUAGCUAAUCAUAUUUCUUCAAGCAAUGCUAUAAAGUUUCCAUAUAUUAAUGCUGAGGACCCGUGCAUCUGUGCCAUUGCUUGCACAGAAUAGCAACAGCAGCCAUGAAAUGAGCAGUUUCAUUUUAGUUUGCCUUUGUUGCUCUAUUAUGUUUUUUUCAUCUAUAUUUUUCCUCAUAUCUUUCGACUGCUUGAUCAAGAAUGCUAUAAAUACAGCUAGGAAUUAAGAAAAACUUUUGUUAUCAAUACAAGUGAGGCAAAAAGUGAAAAUUGAUGCAAUGAUCAUCAAUUUCUUCGUCUACUGGUUAAUCAAACAAGAAAUUGCGCCACGGAACAAUACAAUGAACAUAAUUUCAUACUUCUUUUCUUAGUAUUGGACGUGAUAACAAGUCAUGUCAUUGAAGUCGGGACUCGAGCUAUUUUUUCUAGAUUUAGCAUUUGUUUUUUCCCUAUAUUUUGGACCAAAUCUAAAUAAUUGUCCGUAAUAAUAUAUGCCUAUCUUCAACUUAACUAACAAGGAAUUAGGAAAAUUGUUAUGUGCCAAGUAGUACUUGACUAAGAAGCCUUGAAGCCGUGGCUCAGCCGAAACAGCAAGCCAAGCCAACUAAGUUAGAAGCUGAAGCACAUUUACAAACCGCUUCUUCUGAAGCAAUACAAGCUGCCAUCUUCUGAGCCAACCACAAAACUUCAGCCACCAGCUUCCCAACCUGCUUAGCCCAUCCUUAAGAUAUCACAUGUACAGAAUCGAAAAAUGCUUUCAGAUUGUACUCGCUCAAGGAAAUUUGACACCCGAGCUGAAAGUUACGCUCAUUUUCGUAGACGCUUCUUAUUUCUCCUCUUUUUCAAUUGCUUCAUGAUCUUCUCUUCUAACUGUUCCGCAGCAGACACCCCACCGGAGAGAGGCAGUUCAUGACUGUCAGCUCUGUUAGUCUUCAAAGAGUAAUUGUAGGAUUCAACAGAAGAAUUCAAACCAGGGAAUAAUAGAUCAAAAGUCGAUGAAAGAAAAGAAAAGUUGAGAAGAAAACAACGUAGAAGUUCAAGAAGUCUAUAUUUUUCUGUUAAGAAUACAAGGGGAUUAUCUGCAUAGAAAAACAGAGAAGUAAAUAAAUUCCUGAGAUUGAAAUGAGCUAUGGCGGUCGGUGAACUCUCCAUUAUAGGCCCUUGUUUUUAACUUAUCUUUUUUGUGAGUCUUUUAAUAUGAAGUGGCGAUUGAUAUGUUCUGAAAGAUAUGACAUUAUAUAGAAAGAAAUGGCUCUUCAUGGAAUAAGAAUCAAUGCAAGUAUACGAGGAAAGAGGCUAGUGUGUUACACCAGAGGCAAACCGGCUAACAAAGAAAUUGCUCAUGCUGGCCUUGUCAACUAUUUUUUUUUUAAUUUGAACUGUAUUAGUCUGUUCGCUUGACCCAUAAAUAAAUUUUCUUGGUAAGCAGAUUAUUUGGACA